AUGAAAUCAAAAGCAUUAGAAAGUUGUGACGUUGAGAGUUACACGGAUUCAUUUGAAUUUAUUAAAGCAUUGUCAGUAAUGGAGGGGACAUACACUAAACUAUGUGGUACUGAGUUUACCUUUAUUCAUGACUCCAUUUUUGAAAUCAUUGCUUAUCAGUUUGGUUCUCAGUUCCCAGAUCUCAUUUUACAAUGUAUGAGUUGUAGUUAUAUUGCUAACUAUGUAAAGCUUCACAAGGAUGAAAUGCUAAAAUCAGAGAAUGAACAAAAGCAAGCAAGUGAAAAAGUUGCAGUCAAAAGUGGUGGUAAAAAGGAAUUGCAGAAAGGGGUGAGAGUCGUGUUUAGUGCUGAACACUGUGAUAGAAUGGAGUCAUUUGAUCUCUGUAUAAGGCUAGGGGAGGAUCUGUACUCUAGGUUAGCAGAGCGUUUGUACAGAGAUAUAGAAAAUAUGGAGCUGUAUGAUGUUUUUAUGAAUGAUACCUUAAAACAUUCUCAGGUAUGUCAGGCUUUUAUUGAGGUGUUGGAGGCAAAGUCUUACACAGAGUUGAAAUGUUUAUUUCUAUCUGUGCAGAAGGAUGUGUCUAAGGUUGUGAGUAAAGGGAAGCAUGUGAUGGAGGAUAGUGUGAAGAUGGAUGAGAGAAUCAGAGAGAGGCGCAGACAGGUGGCGCUGGUGAAUGAAAAGUACGAUAAUACAGAAACAACAUACAGUGUCAGGGUUAUCAAUUUAGAUUUUAAGUAUAUACUGGGAAACGAAGCACUUGAAGCCGCGUGUGAGGAUGGACAUCUGAGAGUUGUUAAGGAGCUGUUAGAAGCAGGGGCUGAUGUCAACCCGAAAGAUGAUUAUUAUACACCAUUGACAGCAGCGUGUAAGAGUGGACACAUAAGUAUAACUAAGGAGUUGCUAAACGCAGGUGCUAAUGUCAACCCGCAGGGUGUUUAUGAUACACCACUAAUAGCAGCUUGUGAGGGUGGAUAUAUAAGUAUAGUGAAGGAAUUGCUCAGAGCAGGGGCUGAUGUUAAUCUACAAAGUCGGGAUGCAACACCAUUAAUAGCCACAUCUAAUGCUGGACAUCUUGAUAUAGUAAGAGAGCUGCUACAGGCAGGGGCUGAUGUUAAUCAAGAAGGAAAAUGGAGAACACCAUUAAUAGCCGCAUUUGAAGGUGGACAUGUAGAUGUAGUAAGAGAACUGUUGGAGGCAGGGGCUGAUGUAAAUCUACAAGGUGGGCUUGAUACACCACUGACAGCAGCAUGUAAGGAUGGACAUUUAGAUAUAGUAAGAGAGCUGCCAGAGACUGGUGUUAGUCUACAAAGUGAGUUUCACACACCACUAAUUAGUGCGUGUGAAGGUGGACAUCUACAUGUUGUAAAAGAGCUGCUAGUAAAAGGAGCUGAUGUUAAUAUACAAGGUAAGGUAGAAACGCCAUUGAUAGCAGCAUGUAAGCGUGGACAUCUAAAUAUAGUAAAAGAACCGCUAUUGACUGGGGCUGAUGUUAAUCUACAUGGUAAAUUAGAUACACCAUUGAAAGUGGCAUGUAAGAAUGGCCAUCUAAAUAUAGUUAGAGAGUUGCUAACGGCAGGGGCUGAUGUUAAUCUACAAGGUAAGUUAGACAAUCAUACACCACUGAUAGCAGCAUGUGAGGGUGGAAAUCUAAAUAUGGUAAGAGAUCUGCUAGCGUCAGGGGCUGAUGUUAAUCUAAAAGGUUACUUUCAAACACCACUAAAAAGUGCAUGCCAAGGUGGAAAUCUAAAUAUAGUUAAAGAACUGCUUAUAGCAGGGGCUGAUGUAAAUUUACAAGAUGAAUACUAUUAUCAUACAAAACUGAUAGUAGAAUGUGACCGUGAGCAUGAGGGUUUUGUGAAGAAGUUGCUACGUGCAGGGGCUGAUAUUAAUCUACAAAAUAUACACGAAACUCCACUGACAGCAUCCUGUUAUGGUGGGCAUUUGAGUAUUGUGAUAGAGCUUCUAAAGGCAGGGGCUGAUGUCAAUUGUCAAAUUAAAUCUUAUACAUCAAUGACAGCGGCAUGUUGGAUUGGACAUAAAGAUAUAGUGGAAGAGCUGAUAGAAGCAGGGGCUGAUGUAAAUAUACAAAGUAUGUAUGAAACUCCACUCUUGGCAGCAUGUUAUAAUGGACAUUUGAGUAUUGUGAUAACACUGUUAAAGGCAGGAGCUGAUGUUGAUAUAAAAACUAAAUCUUAUACAUCACUGACAGUGGCAUGUUCUCUAGGACAUGAAGAUAUAGUGGAAGAGCUAGUAAAAGCAGGGGCUGAUGUCAAUUUACGUGGGAAAAAAUUGUAA